AAGGUCCGCGCAAGCGCAGAGCCAUACCGGCGAAAUUCCGGUUCCUGUCUCUUACAAUCGACCAUCGUUGAAGAUGAAGACCCUUCAUAGCACUGAAAGCAUCGACAUCCCCGAUGGGGUCACCGUCAAGUGCAAGUCACGAACUGUGACUGUCAAGGGGCCACGUGGAACACUGCACCGCAACUUUCACCAUGCUGCAGUUGAGAUGUCGGCCACAGGCAAGACAUUGACCGUCACCAAGUGGUAUGGAACCCGCAAGGAAUUGGCUGCCGUUCAUACCGUCUGCUCUCACAUCGCCAACAUGAUCAAGGGGGUCAGACAGGGUUACAAAUACAAGAUGAAGUCUGUGUAUGCCCAUUUCCCCAUCAACGUGUCAAUUGCUGAGACCAGUGACAGCGUUGAGAUCAGGAACUUCUUGGGUGAACGUUUCUUGAGGAAGGUACCAAUGGGCAAGGGAGUCCAGGCCAAACAAACUGGUACAAAGGACGAAAUCAUGAUCGUCGGCAAUGAUAUUGAAGCAGUCUCAAAAUCUGCUGCCAGGAUCCAGCAGUCAACAACCGUCAAGCGAAAAGAUAUCCGUAAAUUCUUGGACGGAAUCUACGUGUCAGAGAAAACUGUCGUGGACCAGUUACCUGAAGAAUGCUAAACUGUAUAUUUAAAUAUUGAAGAAAAAAAUGACUGUAAAAUA